AUGCAACGCUCACCUUCUAAUAAGCGUCACGAUUCUAAUCCGGAUUUAUCGAACAUAGGUGUAAGAAAGCGAAAGAAUGAUCAUGAUAUCACAGAAUCGUUUCAAGCAUUUACGGACACCAUAUUAAAAAAAAUGGAUAGCUGGAAAACAGUGAUAGAUAAAAAUCUAUCACAAAUAAACGACACAUUAAAUGAUAUUAUUAAGAAAGAUCUUACUAUAUUAAAAGAAGAGUCUCUGGAACUGAAGACAGAGAUUAAAAAUGUUCGGAAGGAAUAUACAGAAAUAAAAUCAUGUGUCGCAGUACUGAGUGCACAACAAUCCGAAAUGCAAAAAGAAAUAAUCACACUUCAAAAAAUCAGUGCAGUUUAA